AUGCCACCUCCUCUCCUCCUCUUCUUCCUCCACCUGUUCCUUACCCCCAUGGGAGUCAGGCCCCAGGAAACACAACUACUGGAGGCUAAAGAGGGAGGCAAUGCUGUGCUGCCAUGCCUUGAAGGUCUCUCAGAUGGUCCCCCUGAGCAACUGGCCUGGUUUCGGGGCUCCCAAUCAACACCCUUCUUAGAGCUGAGCCUAGGGUUACCAGGCCUGGGCAUCCAUGUGGGGCCCCUGGGCACCCUGAAGGAGCCCCAGGGAACCUUGCUGUUCAUCUUCAAUGUCUCCGACCAGAUGGGGGGCUUCUACCUGUGCCAGCCAGGCCCCUCUUCUGAGCAAGGCUGGCAGCCUGGCUGGACGGUCAGCGUGAAGGGCAGCGGAGAACUGUUCCGGUGGAAUGCUUCAGACCUAAAUGACCCAAGCUGUGGCCUGGGGAACAGGUCCUCAGGGGGCCCCAGGCUCUCUUCUGGUCACCCCACAAGGUCCCAGCUCUAUGUGUGGGCCAAGGACCGCCCUGCGAUCUUACGCACAGAUUCUGCCUGUGCCCCACCUAACGGCACUUUGAACCAGAGCAACAACCACGACCUCACGGUGGCCCCUGGCUCCACACUCUCGCUGUCCUGUGGGGCAUCCCGUACCUCACUGGCCAGAGGCCCCAUCUCCUGGAUCCAUGUGCGUCCCAAGAAGCCUAACAUCAAAUUGCUGAGCCUAAACCUGAGUGAGGAUGCCCAACUCAGAGAGAUGUGGGUCAUGGGCACCCUUGGGGGAAAGGCUGUUCUGUUGCUGCCUGAGACCACAGCUCAAGAUGCUGGCAUCUAUCAUUGUAACCAUGGCAACGUGACCACCCAGAUGCAGCUGAAGGUCACUGCCCAGUCAGCAGUAUGGCAUUGGCUACUGGAGACUGGUGGCUGGAUAGUCCCUGUUGUGACUUUAGCUUAUCUGAUCUUCUGCCUGGGUUCCCUGGUGGGCUUUCUUCAUCUCCGAAGAGCCCUGAUCCUGAGGAGGAAAAGAAAGCGAAUGACAGAUCCCACUAGAAGGUUCUUCAAAGUGACGCCUACCCCGGGAAACGGGGCCCAGAACCAGUACGGGAACAUGCUCUCCCUCUCCACUCCCCACUCAGGCACGGGACGCGCCCAGCGGUGGGCUGCGGGCCUGGGAGCCACCGUGCCGUCCUACGGAAGUCCGCACAGCGACGUCCAGGAGGCCAGAGCCGCGGGGUCCCGGAGCCCACCAGGAACCGGCCCAGAAGAAGAGGAAGGGGAGGCCUAUGAGGAGCCGGACAGUGAGGAGGGCUCCAAGUUCUACGAGAACGACUCCAACCUUGGGCAGGACCAGCUCUCCCAGGAUGGCAGCGGCUAUGAGAACCCUGAGGAAGGGGUCUUGGGUCCUGAGGAUGAAGACUCCUUCUCCAACGCUGAAUCUUAUGAGAAUGAGGAUGAAGAACUGGCCCAGCCAGUUGCCAGGACAACAGACUUCCUGAGCCCCCAUGGGUCAGCCUGGGACCCCAGCAGGGAGGCAACCUCCCUUGGGUCCCAGUCCUAUGAGGAUAUGAGAGGGAUCCUGUAUGCAGCCCCCCAGCUCCGCUUUGUUCAAGCCCAGCCUGGUCCCAGUCACGAGGAAGAUGCAGACUCUUAUGAGAAUAUGGAUAAUCCCGAUGGACCAGAACCAGCAUGGGGAGGAGGGGGCCACAUGGGCACCUGGAGCAACUAGGUGAUUCCCUUCAGCAGAUGGCGCCAGCCUCUGGAGCAGUGUUACUCAGGAUGCGUGUAUCUGUGUACACACACAGUGUACACAAGCUAAACUUCGGCCCCCUUUGCACUCCCCAAAU